CUAAAAGGAGGAAGGGUGAUUGGUCGGGUUUGAACCCUAACCGACUUGUUAACUCCAUGUCUCCAUCCCAAAUUCCCAAUCCAAAGUCCAAACCGUUAGUCCGUUACCUUAACCUUAUCCUGAUUAGAGAAAUAACCGGUUCCUGGUGCAAAAAAAAAACCGGUUCCGGUAUGGGUGGAGCGGGUUACCCGGUUAACCCGUCCUAUUGACAUCCAUAACCUUCAUGUCAUCCUUCUCUCUCUCUCUGAUUCCCUUCAGGCUUCAUGCAUUCCCUCUCCUCCGUUGGUCUGGUCUGGUCUGGGUUGAUUCGAAUUCUUCUUUUGCAGGUGAGGGUCUCCAUCAUUUGCAACCUUAGCUGGAGAAUUUUAUCCAUUCGCGGAGUAAAUGGAUGCCCUUCAUUCGUUACAGUUACAAUGUUACUUCAAAGCCCAAAAAUCAAUAUACAGAUCCCAACACAGGCAAUCCAGUAUCGUUCAAGCCCAGCUUCAAGGCUCCUCUAAAUUUGUAGAAGCAGCAGCCAUCCACCAUAAGUUCGACGAAAUUCCCCUGUCAGACACCUUUGCUUGGAACAAUCUCAUCCAAAACCAUCUCACCAGUGGCAAUUCCUAUCAUGUCAUGUGGAUUUAUCAGCAAAUGCUACUCCGUACAGUCCGUCCCGAUAAGCACACCAUUCCUCGCGUUUUAACAGCUUCUCGCCUUUCGGGUAGUCUAUCUUACGGGAAACAGGUUCAUGGCCAGGCUCUCAAGCUGGGCUUGGGUUCAGAUGAGUAUGUAAUCACAGCUCUAAUGACAAUGUACGGGCAUCUUGAUUGUGCUGAAGCUGCAAGGUGGCUAUUUAACCAGUCUUCUCGGAGGAACUCGGUUUCUUGGACUUUGUUAGCCGGGUUAUACAUGAAAGAAGAUAAACCCAGUCUGGCUAUUGAUAUAUUUAACCAGAUGGUGGAGUUGGGUGUUGAGAUAGAUGAAGUUGCUUUGGCAACUGUUAUUGGAGCCUGUGGACGCUUGAAAUCGCUACAGGAAGGAAAGAGGAUUCAUGACAUUGCAAGGAAAAGUGAGUUAGAGUUCAAGGUUUUGGUGAGUAAUUCACUCUUGAAAAUGUAUCUUGAUUGUGGCAGCAUUAAAGAUGCUCGGACAGUUUUUUAUCAGAUGCCCUCCAGAGAUGCCAUCUCAUGGACAGCAAUGGUUCGUGGGUAUGUGAAAAAUGGGGGAUUCAAUGAGGGUUUGAAACUUUUUAGAUUGAUGAUUUCUGCAGGAAUAAAACCUGAUGCAUUUGCAGUCUCUAGUGUUCUCCCAGCUUGUGCAAGAAUAUCUGCUCAUAAACAUGGCAAAGAGAUUCAUGGAUAUAUAGUUAGAACUGGAAUUAAUUUGAAUUUAGCAGUCCAAAAUGCUGUAAUGGACAUGUAUGUCAAAUCAGGAUGCAUGGAAUCUGCUUCAAAAAUCUUUGCAGGGAUGUCUGAGAGGGAUACUGUCUCGUGGACAGUGAUGAUACUGGGUCAUAGCUUACAUGGACAUGGAGAGAUUGCAAUAGAACUCUUCCAUGAAAUGGAGAAGUCCACAGACAUAGAACCAGAUCAGACUGCAUAUGUUGCUGCUGUUCAUGCUUGUAGCACUGCACGCAUGGUUGAAGAAGGGAGGUUUUACUUCAAUUGCAUCAGGUUACCCAAGGUUGAACAUUAUGCUUUAAUGGUUAAUCUUCUAGCUCGUGCUGGACUCUUUGAUGAGGCAAGGGCCUUUAGUGAGAAUUUCCAGAUUGAACAGUGUUUGGAGGUCCAGAAAGCACUGCUUGAUGGGUGCAGGAUCCACCAAAACACCAAACUAGGUAAGCGAAUCAUUGAGCAUCUCUGUGAGUUGGAACCUCUAAAUACUGAAAACUAUAUUCUACUUUCAAACUUGUAUGCUGCAAGUGCAAAAUGGGAUAUGGUUGAUAGACUGAGAGCAACAAUUAGAGACAUGGGUUUGAGGCCUCAGAAAGCCUAUAGCUGGAUAGAGGUUCGAAACAAGGUUCAUGUGUUUGGGGUAGGGGAUGUCUCCCACCCAAGAUCAGAGGGGAUUUAUUGGGAAUUGCAGUGUUUGAUGAAGAAAAUGGAAGAGGAAUAUGAAUUUGUUCCUGAUGCUGAUUUCAGCCUCCAUGAUGUGGAUGAGGAGAGAGAGUGCAUUCCUAUUGGACACAGUGAAUUGCUGGCCAUUUCUUUUGGCCUGAUCAGUACACAGGGAAGGGCAACCAUUCGUGUCACCAAGAAUCUUCGGGUGUGCCACAACUGCCAUUAUUCAGCAAAACUCAUCUCCAAGAUAGUUGAGCGUGAGAUUGUAUUAAAGGAUCCCAAUCGUUUCCACCAUUUCAAAAAUGGGUAUUGCUCUUGUGGAGACUUCUGGUGAUUUGUUUUGAAUCUUUAUGUCCCAUGUUUCAAGUCUUUGGGCCAAGAUCUGGCAUUGCAAGCAUACCAUGGAGGCCAUAAAGUUCACUGAUUAGAGACAAACAUUCGAACAGGAAGGUCAUGCAAAUCUAACCAAAUUUGUUGCAGCACUGAAUGCAAGUGCUGGAAAGAGGCAGGUAUCUCGACCAGGAUAUGAUAUUGAGAUGCAUUCAGAUCUACCAGUUGAAGAAAUGGAGUCAAUGAAAUAGUUCAGUGAUGUUCCAAAGAAAUGUUGGUCAUUUUGGACUCUUGGUCUGUGAUGAAAUUUUUCAAGAUUUCAAUAUUUUAGA